AUGGCCUCCGACGGCACGGACGAGCGCUCCCCGCUGCUGUCCACCCCCACCUCGGAGAACGCGCCGCCCUACCUGCACGACCCCAGCCCCCGAGCGGAACUUCCCCCGCCGUACACGGCCAUCGCCAGCCCGGACGCGGGCGGCGUCCCCGUCAUCAACUGCCGCGUGUGCCAAUCCCUCAUCCAGCUGGACGGCAAGCUGCACCAGCACGUGGUCAAAUGCACGCUCUGCAACGAAGCCACCCCUAUCAAGAACCCGCCCACUGGGAAAAAGUACGUGAGGUGCCCUUGCAACUGCCUGCUCAUCUGCAAAGACACUUCCAGGAGGAUAGGAUGCCCGCGACCCAACUGCCGCCGUAUUAUCAACCUGAGCCCGGUGAUGGUGAUCCCCGAGGAACAGCCUGCCCAACCGGCCCUCCCCGUCCAGCCCGACGGCAUGCGUGUUGUCUGCGGGCACUGCGGCAACACUUUCCUUUGGAUGGAGGUCCGCUUCAACACGUUAGCAAAGUGCCCCCACUGCAAAAAAAUCUCGUCGGUCGGCAGCGCGCUCCCGAGGCGGCGCUGUUGCGCUUACAUCACAUUCGGAAUGAUCUGUGUGUUCAUCGGCGUCGGGUUAACCGUGGGCACCCGAGACUUCGCCCGUCGCUACAACGCCACGUACGUGUCGUGGGUGCUGGCCUACCUGGUGGGCGUCAUCUGCCUGGUGCGAGCCUGUUACUGGGGCGCCAUCAAGGUCAGCUACCCGGAAAACAGCUUUGCUUAG